AGUUCUAGAGAUUUUUCGCUUCUCUUCAUCGCAUCUCUCCAUCUCUACUUCGCCAGAUUGGUGGCUUAUUUUGUGCGAUUUAGUGGAGUAUUGACGAAACUGGGUUUCUGCGAUCUACGAGAGACCAGAUUUCGAUCUGCGCAACUGAUGCUCUCUCAUGGCGGAUGAUGACCCUCCUGGGCUUCGUCCUGACCAUAUGGACACAUCUACACCAGGUAUUCCAAUUUCUCUUUCAAAUCCAGUGAUUUCCCAAAAUUCUGAUUUGCAGAUCUGAAACUCAGAAAUGGAGCUGCAAGCUAAGAUUUCUCAUGUUAAUGUUCUUGAAAGCUCUUCUAAGGGCUUCGACACCCCUCAAAUUCUCAAUACUGGAAUACCAGUUGAACAUGUAGAUAUUGAGGAUGUUACUGACGAGGAGUUUCCUCCGCUGAACUACCCAGCCCCCAAAACUAUUCCUUAGACAUCUGGUAAUCUGCAUUCUAACACUCAUGAACACUAUAUAACUGCAUUUCGAACUUAUGUUAAGCAUUUGUUAUUGUUGGGGAAAACUGAGGAAGCCAUUGAAGUUGCUCUGAAGUAUAAUCCUAAAUCUAUUCAAACUCCAUUGUUAGUUGAAUCUGAGAAAUCUGCUGACCUAUUUGUUGAACCUGAUAAAUCUGUUGCUCUAUUUGUUGAACCUGAGAAAUCUACUGGUGGAAUUGCUAACUCUACUGUUAAGAAAAAUACAGUAAGUAUUGAUAAUGGGAAUGAGGUUCCAAAAAUAUCUCCUGACAAAAAUAUGUCUCAGUCAGAAGCAAAAGCUGCUCCCAACCUUAACAAAAACCAGGUUCAAACCAAAACUAGUGGACAGAAUGAUAAUAGGCCUGUUGGUCUUCCCUCUAGACUCAGUUAUGCACAAACUGUUACACCUCAACAGCAAACUAAUGGGGGCUUGAAGCUUGUUUUACCUGAUAGAAAUAUUAUCAUGCAUAGAGACACUCCUACUGUUCGUUUUGCUGAGGAAGAAGUUGAACACUUAUCAAAAAUUGACAGAUUUACCUUGGUUGGGAAAUUUUCACAUGGACAACCCAAAUUGGAUGUGAUUAAAAAGCACUUUGCCACAGUAUUUGCUCAAAGGACAAGUCACUAUUGGAUGGAGAGGACCUAGACAUGUGAUUCUCACAUUUUCAAAUAGCCAGGAUUGCACUGAUAUUUUGCUUAAAAGCCAAAUUGCUUUUAAUGGUGCUAACCCCAUGAUAUUAUUCAGAUGGACCCCAGAUUUUAAUACUGAAACUGAGACAUCUAUUGCUUCAGUUUGGAUAUCUUUGCUAGGUUUACCUAUUCAUUUCUUUGAUAAGGCUGCUUUGGCUUUAGUAUGUAAACCUUUGGGUAAGGUAUUGGUGAUUGAUCAGGCAACCAUGAGUAAAACCAGAACCCAUGUUGUAAGAGUUAGAGUGGAAAUGGAUCUUAUGUUACCCUUAAUUCACAAGGUCUUUAUUGGGACUUCCACUCUUCCAGGAAAAGAAGAUGAAGGUUUUUACCAAUCUAUUGAAUACAAGAGAAUCCCUCUAUAUUGCUCUAAAUGUUUCAAGCAAGGCCACUCAGCUGAAAAAUGUAAACUGGAAGAUAGCAAUCACUUUUUGGCUGAAAAAACAAGGAAGGGUAAAAAUAUUUUGACAAAAGAUAACUCUCACCAGGACAGGCCAGAAAGAAGGAGGAGUAGAAGUAGAGGCCCUAAAGCUCACAAACAGACUACUCACAAACAAGAUGUUCUUGAUUUAAGGCCAAUAGCUGCUGGACCUUCAUAUGUACAAAAGGAUAUAUCAAAGAAAAAUGUCCCUCAAAAGAAGCAAGAAUCUAAUGUGUUGAAAGCUGGGGUGGACCAAUCCUUUCAAAUGGUAGAGAGGAAAAAAUCAAACCAGAAAGGACAGCCGGCAGGAUCUUCUGCAAAGGAAGCCUCCAAUACAAAACUUUUCCCCCUUAAUUCAACUAUUAGUAUACUUCCCAAAUCUGCACAAAUGGGCCCUUCCAGUUCCCACACUAUCAACAAUAGCAACAGUUUUGCAAUGCUGAGUCAGCCUAUUGAGGACCUGCCAACAUUAAACCCCCAAGCACCUGAAUUUAAUCCCACACAAUAUGCACUUGGGGUUCUUAAAGAAGUGCCUUUACAGUCAAUUGACCAAAAUCCACAAAAUAUGAGCAUAUUAUUCCCUGUGAUACCCACCGGUGAGAUCCCUAAGCAGCUAACUUGUAGUGAGAACACUUUAGCCAAUACCAUCCCAUCUAAUACAAAUGUAAUGUUGGAAGAAAUAGAUCCUGGACCCCAAACUGCUGAGAAUGCUAUUGAGGAAGUCUGGGGAGCAGAACACUAUGAAUCCACUAAAAAACAUAUAGGCUUCUCACAACAUUUUGUUGGGUGCUCUGGGAAAAUUUGGUUACUUUGGAAGGAUACUUAUACCAUUAAGGUUCUCUCUGAUGAAGAACAAGUGGUUUUUGUGGAUGCAACCCAUACCCCCAGUCAAAAAACUAGAUUUAUGGCCUUUGUCUAUGCUAAAACCAAAAGCUGGUUAAGAAAGGAUCUCUGGGCCUCCCUGGUACAGUUUACUCAGUCUUAUACUGUUAACAAACCUUGGGCAGUUGUUGGAGACUUUAAUUGUAUCCUAAAUCCUGAUGAGAAAAAAGGGGGUCUCCCUAUGUCUUUAAAUGCCAGCUGGGAUUUCCAACAAUGCAUCAAUGAUUUUGGUCUUAUGGAAGUCACCACCUAUGGUAAUACCUUUACUUGGUGGAAUGGCAGGAAGAAAUUUCACUCCAUCUGGAAGAGAUUGGACAGAUGUCUGGUUAACCAAUCCUGGGCUGACACAUUUCAGACUACUGUUCAUGUUCUCUCUUUAACCACCUCUGAUCAUUCUCCACUUCAUAUAUCCACAACAAUACCAACUUGUACUACCGCCCCUAGGAAAUUUUCUUUCCUUAAUGCAUGGACCACUCAUGCUGAUUUCAUGCAGGUUGUUGAAAAGGCUUGGAAAACAACUGUGUCUGGCCCACCUAUGGUUCAGGUUGCUGCUAAACUAAAGGCUACUACUUAUGCACUUAAUACAUGGAAUAAGCAAGUCUUUGGCAAUAUAUUUACUAAAUUGGAAGAUCUUGAGAAGAAGGUUCAGAAUGCUGAAGAACUCUACCAGGCUGACCCUAGUGAUGAGAAUUUAAUCAAUUUCAAAUCUGUUGAAGCCUCAUACAUCCAUCAAUUAUAUCUGGAAAAGCUGUUUUGGAGGCAAAAAGCCCAUAUUCAAUGGAUUGAGGAUGGGGAUAAGAAUUCUAAGUUCUUUCACUCUAGAGUGAAGGACAGGAGAAGGAGAUUAUAUAUCCACAAAAUUAAAGACCAGACUGGAGCAUGGAUUGAGGAUCAAAAACAGAUUGCUCAACAGGCCAUUGAAUUUUACCAACACCUUUUCAUUGAAGAGUACAGAGGAGGCAUUGAUUAUACAUCCCUCUCUCUUAUUCCCUAACAAAUAACAGAGAGUGAUAAUAAAAAAUUCGUUUCUACACCUAGCCUGGAAGAAGUUAAGCAGAGAGAGGGCUUCUUUACUUCUUCAAGGGGAUUAAGGCAAGGAGAUCCUCUAUCACCAGCCUUUUCAUUAUUGCUGCAGAUUUCUUAUCCCAACUCCUUGAUCAUAAAAUUCAGUCUCCUGGUGUCAUCCCAUUCUCUCAACCACAUGCCAUUCAGCCCAUCAGUCACCUUGCUUUCGCGGAUGAUAUGAUUAUAUUCACAUCUGGGAGGAAAAACUCAGUGCUCCAUAUUAUGAAGGAUCUUCAUCUUUAUGAACACAUCUCUGGACAGCUUAUUAGCACUCAUAAAAGCUCCUUUUACAU